CGUUAUGUUGCAGGUCGCCGGUUACGAGGGAAUGAUCUGCGGCGCCAUUGCCUUUUACUGUGGCAUCGCAAUGACGUUGAAUGAUGCCCACAAAAGAACACUGCUGCCUUUGUUCCCUCCAUGUAUUAGGAGGGUUAAGAGUUAA